AUGGGCGAGCUCUUGGUGAUAGUCUCUGAAAAGAACGAUAUUGUUUACCAGAGGAUGUUCAACAAGGUAAGUGAUGAGGAGUACUGCAGAUUCAUGAUUAUUGUGUAUGGAUCAAUCGAUGUAUUGAUGGAGAAGAUGUUGUCGUCCACAACGAACUAUUUUGCCUCAUUGGAUACGUAUGGUGAUGCAAAGGUCAGUGCAUAUGUGAUGCCAUCCGGAUAUAAGUUGCUGUUUAUGCAUUCAAGGAGCGAUGUAAAGCAAUUUCUAGAUAAUGCGCAUAAAGUGUUUGCAGGAAUUCUUCUUAAAUCUGCACAUUCGGAUGUAAUUGCAGAUAAUCCUGAUCUCAACAGAAGUGUGGAUGAACUAUAUAGUUCGUAUUUUGUGUAA